AUGGGAAACAAUAAAUACCAUGAGGAGCCGAUUGGCUGUGAACCGUCUAAAAAUUGCAUGUGUAUUGUAGACCCCGUCGUGUUGGCGGUUAUAUUCUUCAUUUAUUACCUCGUUACGCAUCCGCUUCCGGACCUCCAGAAAGCCCGUGACUACUUCUCGGAUAUAUUGGGUACCAGAAAGUUUCGAUUCAUUCCCAGGUCGGAGUUGGACGUACCCAAAAUUACGCAUAUAACUGAGGAGAUGGACAUUAAUCCCUACUCCUUCUUCCCGUCCAAGGACCUCAUGUAG